GCGGCGUCGUGGGCAGCGCAUAGUGGAGAUGUAAAAAUAUUAGUUUCGUAAUUGUUGUCGUUUAAUCUGAGCAGCUGUGACAGACCACGAUUUUCAUUAUCUUUGAUCGCUGCAUAUUUCUGGAUUUUUGUAGUCUAUAUGACAUAAAAAUAUGAGUAAUUCUGUGAUAAAGAAUGAAGGAUCAAGAAGGCCCUUGAAGGAGAAAAUUGUCCAAAUAUAUGAAGCUUUUUUUCGUGGAGAAGAUCCGUCGUUGGAUAAUAUAAAUUUUUGGGAUGAAUAUUUUCUGCUGAGGCCAAACCUAUAUUUUUUGGAGAGUCAAUUUGAAGCAAUGACAUAUGAAGAAAUUUCUAGCCUCAAAGAAACUAUAAAUAAUUUGUUUUACCAGUGUGUUCGUAUACUGAAAGAUGGAAAUCAAAUACGUUGCAUGAAUGCCAUACAGACAUUAUGUGCUCUUGUUCAUGGUGUCUAUGGAAAAGCCCCUGGAGAUUAUGGUUUUGAUGUAAUUAACCUUUUAAUUGGUUUCAGUUCAGCUGAGCAUCUCAUGCAAACUUUGAUUGAACGGCUGUCUCAUAUUCUUUGCAAUGAAUAUCCAUCGAAUUUGAAAUCUCUAGUCUUAAAAUUUUUAUUGAUUUUAGUUACUGCUACUGAAAACGUAAGUCAAAAUACAUUGCUGGAGUAUCUUAUGAUGAAUAGUGCAUUUGAAGCUAUUAUACAGCUUUUAAAUGACACAAAAUCGAGACAACAUCAUGGAUAUGAUGCUGUGUUGUUAUUAACAAUACUUGUCAAUUAUCGUAAGCAUGAGGCAGCAAAUCCAUACAUUGUAAAAUUGUCAAUUAUUGAUCGUGAAAUGUCUUUAAAUGGGUUUGGACAGGUUGUUUCACAGUCUUUGUCAGAUUUUAACAGAAAAUUUUGUGAAGAAGAGCUUGAAACCCACUACAAUUUCUGGUCAUCAGUGACUACAUUUAUUGAAAGUAUGUUUGUAUCUGAAGAACGAGAGGCGGAUAAGCUUAAUAUUAGGGCAAAUAAUGCUGUUCUGCUUGCUUUAUAUGAAGUUGUUCAUCUGAAUAGGAAUUUUCUUAUUACUCUUACCCAUUGCCAAGUUGAUGCUUCAGGCUCAUCUGUGUCUCCAUCUCCCUCUGAACCUAUUGAUAUGAUAAAUUCUUCUCCAUCGAAAGUUGAAAAUGAACUUCCUCCUUCGAAUUUGCUGGUCACAUUCUUAGAAUUCUCAUCAAUUAUCAUGCUGAAUACCAAAGAUGAAUCCAAUGUGAAUACAUGCAAAUUGUGUUUCAUUAUUCUUACUUGUAUAACUGAGGAUCAGUAUGCCAAUUCUAUUAUUCAUGAUGUCAAUUUAGUUUACAAAGUACAGCUCCACAGGAUGCCAAUGCGCCAUAGAAAAGUUUGCCAUGACCGAAAUGGUUCUUUCCAACCUCUUGCUUGUCCUAUGUUAGAUUUGAUGGUAGAAUUCAUAUUAAGUCACAUGACAAAAAGUUUGCCAUUUGAACUGUAUUAUUUAUGUCUUGGUGUAAUUCAUCGAAUUCUAUGCUAUCAGAAAAAAGGUCGCGUCCGACUGCAGUACCAGUGGAAAGAACUUUGGACAGCUUUAAUUACUUUGAUUAAGUUCCUUAUGACACAAGAAGCGUUGCUGGCCAAGAAUUGUAAUAUUUUCAACCUUUCUAUCCAGGUCAUGAAUACUCUAAAUCUGUUCAUUACAUUUGGUGAUACUUUUCUUCCCUCCCCUUCUUGUUAUGACGAACUUUAUUAUGAAAUUGUUAGAAUGAAUCAUGUAUUCGACAAUUUGUAUUCACUAACCUUGAGAUAUACAACUUGCGAUGGUGAAUGGAAAGAAUAUGCUGCUAAAUUAAUGAAUAGUCUUGUUAAUGUCAGGGCUAUCAUUAAUCAUUUUACUCCAAAGAUUGAAUCUGUCUUAGCUGAUAAUGGUCUAUCUGCUUUAACAGAAGAUCAGGUACUGGAUGUGGUAAGGAACAAUUACGAUACUCUUACUUUAAAAUUGUAUGAUAAUCUUGAUCAAUAUGAAAAGUACACUGAAAAACCCAUAGAAUCGGCAUUUUUCACACCAUUGGUUCGCAGUAUUAUCACUGAAUAUAGGACUUCUUUGAACUUUAAAUCCUUAGAAAUGCAAAGAAUUAUGAAGGAGUUUUCCAUAAUUAGUUAAAAAUAUUUAUUAAUUUGUGCUUGUACAAUUCAAUUUGUUCCGGAUAAGAGCAAUGAAUUUUAUUUUAUCUUGCUAAUGAAAUAUUUUAUAACUAAUGAACAUAUGCAAUUUUUUACACAUUUUUUAAGAUCAAUGACUCUUUGAAUACAUAUAUAUAUUUCAGUGCUAAUUAAGAAAAACUGAAAUCGUCCUAAAAUGAUAAUGUAUACUUUGAAAAAGAUCUUUGAACUGUAAACCUAUUCGUCAGUUGUGAUAAUUAAUACUCCCCCUCAACUUAUCUGUUGUGUAUUGUAAGCACUACUGGAUACUCAUCAUUAGAUUGCUUAUCAUAAAUUAUCGUUAUCAUUUAGUUAUCGUUGUUUUAAUUUUAAAUAUGAUUUUGCUUUUCAUUCGAAUGCAUUUUUAUUUUCAUAGUCUUUGAUACCUCUUUAUUUUUGGGUUGCAUUUAUUUAGGGAACCUGAAUAUCCCAUUUAUAAAAUUUUCUCUUGAUUGAGUGAAAGAAUCUACAUAGGAGCAUUGAUACCUGAUGUGGCAAACCACUAUGUAUUCUGCUUUAAUUUUUAAAUGCAUGUAAUUCGAAAAUUUUUCUCAUAUCUAAAAAUGUAUAUCAAUUUGUUUCUUGAAAUCAUUUUAUAUAAAUAUUAUCGCUUUUGAAGAAUCUCUCAAAAUUUCUAAAAAUGCGGAAUUGUGAAUGUUUUGAGAGUCCAUUACUGUUUAAAAUAUCUUGUUUUGCUUAUUGAUUUCAAUGUGCUUAAUCAUAAAUUAUUGUUUUUAUUGUGAUUUAAAUUGGAUUACAUGAAGUUCUAGUUCGUGUGAAUUACGUUCAGUGUAAAUUUCAGAGAAUCGUUUUAUACUUCUGAAAUAAUAAUUUUUAAAAAAAUCACAAACUUAUUUAAAGAGAUGUCUAUAAUAGAAAAUUGCUGAGAUAUUACCAACCUUGAAUAAAUUUGGAAGUAUUUGGGGCAGAAGAAUCAUUUUCAGAAAAUAAUGAAUCUAUUUUCUUAUCUCAAUAAAUAAGAUAUAUCUUUUAUUAUUUUAGUUCUUUCUAUAUCAGACCUUCUUAAACUAUUAAUAAAUGUCCCUUUUCUUUUUCAAAAUGUUUUCAUGGCGAGGGUUCUUCCAAAAAACUUAUCCUCCCCAUCGAUUCCAGUGUGCAUACUCGGAGAAGAAUACUCGAAUGAUAUUAUGAAUUAGAAGUAAAUUUAAUCACAUAUUUAUAUUUCAUAUAUUUGAAAUAUUUUACUUUCAUAUUACAGUGUUUAAUUUUUUUUUUUUUUAAAUUUUAAAAAGGUAACCGAACCACGUGGGUUCUUUUUCCCUUCAUAAUAUUGGUUUGUAUUCCAAUUGAUUCCAAUUCCAAAAUCCCAAUUUGAUCAUGCGUUUGAAAAUUCUUGCUCUAUAGCAAUGGAUUUUAAUAAAAUGUGCUUAAUCUGUACAGAAUCCAUGUAAAACUAAUUUUUCUUCCCUUGUCAGUUAUUUUUCAACGUUAAUUCGAACUAAUAGGAUUUUACCGUAUUUAAAAGUGUAGGUCAGUUACAGUAGUUUAAAAAUUAUUGCAAAGGAAAUGACAGUUUAUUUCUUGUUCACACUAAUUUUACUCUACAAUUUAGAUUCUAAUAUUUUGCAUUUUAUCUUAUUUUAAUAUUAUUUGGCAUAGCUUUGUUUUAUUUUUAAAAUUUGUUUAAUUAAUGCGUUUAUUCGAAAAUAAUAAAACAAAAUUGUUUUAUGGGCGAGUUGUAACCAUAUGAGUUGCAUGUUAAAACCUAAUAUAACUUAGAGUCCCCCACCAUAAUCAUCCGGAAAUUUUUAAUAUUCCUAAAGAAGAUAGUGGAUACAUAUUUUGGAAUUCUGUUUAAUGGCGUUUUAACUUUUCAUAAGAAAAAAAAAUCCUAUGAUUUUUUUUUUCUAAUGAUUUUUUGGGUUCUUGAAAAGUGAUUAAAUUCUCAAAAUUUGUGGAAUACAGAUCUUUAGCAAACUUUUAAACCUAGCCAAAGAGCAUUUUGCUGGAUUACUGAUUUAUUUUUAAUCUAAAAUCGUUAGAUUUAACUUUAACUAGUUUACUUCUUAAAAAUUAUUUUACAAAAAGAGAAAGAAGUUGUGAUGCUAUAAAAAUCUUAAAAUAAAACUAUUAUUUCAUCAGUCAUGUUGUUUUCAAAUAUUUUUGCUUCUGAUUAUGCUCCAAUUGACAUAGUAUGUACUGAAUAUUCUUUAAAUAAAGACAUUUCAUUAUUUCAGCAGACCAAAUUUAAGUUCAAGAACUAAAUUCCACUAAGCUUCCAAAAUGUUUUGUUAUUUGAAUGUUCUGGAAUGCGAAAACAAAUCCGAACAUUUUCUUGGAAGAAAUUUAUAUCUGAAACUGAAACUGCAUUUAAAAUCUUCUCAAAAAUUUGAAUCUUAAAAAGUGAUACGUGAUGACAAAAUGAAGUAUCAUACUAUAUCAGAUUUCUGUUAUUUAAUGCUAACUGACAAAGUGAAUUAACUUUCAUUUUUUAAAUUUCUUGAAUAUUUUCCCCACUUUUGAUUUUAAGAAUUAUUGAUAUACUUACUUAUAAAACAUUGUCAAUCUAAAAAUUAUUUUUCCCUUGCACAAAAUUAUUCUAAGAAUCGUAAAUCAUUUUAUUAGUUUUUUUAUUUUAAUUCAUAGAAAAUUUAUUGCUGUAUAUUUUGCUAAUGGAAUUCUUUCAGUAUGCUUCAGAUAUUUAACAGUCCUUUGAAUUUAACUUAAUAUAUACUAUUUUUGUAAAAUUUGUUUUCAUACUGUAGCCUUUGUAAAUAAAUGAUGUAAAAUUUA